AGGAAAAGCAAAAGAGACUUGAACUUGAACUUGAACUUGAACCUGAAGGCCACUGAGCUUAGACUAGGCUUGCCUGGUUCUGAGUCCCCUGAGAGGGGUUUAGUUUCUGGAGCCAAAAGGGGGUAUUCUGACACCAUGAAUGGUGCUUUCUCUAGAUCUGAGGUUGAUUCUGCUAAAGGUCACAGUGGGUUGUUGUUCUAUCCUAAGGGUGGAAGCAAGAUUCUUGGUGCUGUUGUACCUGCAGAGAGUAAUCUUCAGCAGUCUUCUAUGGCCAAUGCUGUGAAAGAUCCAUCGCCAAGACCAGCACAGGAGAAAAAGCCUCUGAUUCUAACUAGUAAUGGACAUGGGGUUGCCCCAGCCGCUAAGGCACAGGUAGUAGGAUGGCCACCAAUUCGAUCUUUUCGGAAGAAGUCAAUGGUCAGUAAUCCUCCCAAGACUGAGGAGGAUGUGGAUGGUACGUUAGGAUCUGCUUGUGUUUAUGUCAAAGUCAGCAUGGAUGAUGCCCCUUAUCUGAGGAAGGUUGACCUUAGGAUCUACAAAAGCUACAAUGAUCUGUCCUCAGCACUGGAAAAGAUGUUCAGCUGCUUUACCAUAGGUCAAUGUGGAACUGAAGGUAUUCCGAUUCGUGAUGGACUAACUGAAAGUAGAUUGAUGGAUCUUCUACAUGGAUCUGAGUAUGUUCUUACCUAUGAGGACAAGGAUGGUGAUUGGAUGCUCGUUGGUGAUGUUCCAUGGGAGAUGUUCACAGAGUCUUGCAAGAGGCUGAGGAUCAUGAAGAGUUCAGAUGCAAUUGGUCUAGCCCCAAGAGCCAUGGAGAAAUACAAAAACCGUUAAACAAGUAGCACUCUCGCUACAAAUGUUGCAGGUAUCUUCAAGCAAAUGGAUGAUGGAAACUGGAAAGUGAAGUGUCUAUUGAUAUAUGAUUAGUAGUAGAAGCGUUAAUUUGGAUUUGAAGUAGUGUACCACGCUUUUAAGUUUGUGUGUAUUAAGUCUAUAUUUGAUGCAAGGGAAAAUAACCCUCUCAUAGAAACAUAUCCACAAGUAUUCUUACUGGUUGCUUCAGCAAGGCUUUUGUCUCUAUUUUAAAUGGUCUCAUCCUAUAACAAAUCUCUCUA